CUUUAUUAAAUUUCAGUUGUUUGUAUGUAUGUGGGUCUAUUCCUGUACUUUUCAUUGAUCUAUUCAUGUAUUUUGAUUCUAAUACUAUUCAUUUUUUAUUACUGAAGCUUUAUAACAAGUCUUGAAACCAGAUAGUGCUAGCAGUUUUAACUUGUUCUUUUUCAGUGUUGUUUUGGCUAUUAUAUACGUUCUUUGCCUUUCCAUAUGGAUUUUAGAAAUUAGCUUGUCAAGUUUUACAGAAAAAACCUGCCAAGAUUUUGGUUGAGAUUGCAUGGAAUCUGUAACUCAUUUCGGGAAAUGUUGAUAUCUUAAUAAAAGUCUUCUAUCUCUGAAAAAGUCUUUUUAAAGUAAUAUAGGCCUUUUAAAUGUCUCAGCAAUAUUUGAUAGUUUUCAGUAAUCAAGUCCUUAAUUAGAUUUGUCCUCAAGUAUCGUAUUUUUUAUGCCUAUGUAAAUGUUUUUUUAACAUUUAAAUUUCUUACUGAUAGUUGUUAACGUGUAGAAAUACAAUUAAUUGUAGAUCCCAUUGAAUUUUCCACGUAGAGUAGCACACUUUUAUUUCUUCCUUUCCAUUCUGAAUGCUUUUUAUUUCUUUUCUAUUUUUUUCUUUUUUCUUUUUUUUUGCUGGAUUACAUUGGCCAGAACUUCCACUAUGAUGUUGACUGAAAGUAGAAAAAGCAGACAUGCUUGUGUUGUUCAUGAUCGUAGGGAGAAACUAUCGAAUUUUUUUUUUACCGUUAAGUCUUAUAUUACUGUAGUUUUUUCAUAGACGUUCUUGAUCAACUUGAGAAAGUUCCCUUAUACUUUGCAGCAUUUUUUUUUUUUUUAAAACAGGAAUGGAUGUUGAGUUUUGUCAAAGGCUUUUUCUGUCUCUAUUGGGAUGUUUAUAUGGUGGUUCGUUUUUAGUUUGCUAAUACAGUGAAUGACACUUGAUUUUUAAAUGUUAAACCAAUCCAACAUUUCCAAACUAAGCACCAAUUUUUCACGCUGUUGUAUCCAUUUAUAUAUUGUUGGAUUUAAUUUACUAACAUUUGGCUAAGGAGAUUUGUGUCUAGAUUCAUAGAAUAUUAAUAGUUUUCUUUUCUGGUAAUAUCUUUGGAUUAGUAUCAGUGUAAUACUGGCCUCAAAUAAUGAGUUGGGAAAAUAUUCCUUCUUCAGUUUUUUGGCAGUUUGUGUAGAAUGGGUAUUAUUCCUUCCUAAAUGUUUUGUAGAAUUUACCAGUGAAGCCAUCUGUGCCUGGGAAACUUUUAUAACUACAAAUUUAAUUUCUUUAAUAGAUACACAGAUUUUCAGGUUGUUCUUAUGCUUUAGUAAUUUGUGUCUUUCAGAGAAGUUGUCCAUUUCAUCUCAGUUGUCAAGUAAAUACAGGAACAAAGGUUUUGAUUCCCACCAUGGCCAUCACCCAGUUUCGGUUAUUUAAAUUUUGUACCUGCCUAGCAACAGUAUUCUCAUUCCUAAAGAGAUUAAUAUGCAGAUCUGGCAGAGGACGGAAAUUAAGUGGAGACCAAAUAACUUUGCCAACUACAGUUGAUUAUUCAUCAGUUCCUAAGCAGACAGAUGUUGAAGAGUGGACUUCCUGGGAUGAAGAUGCACCCACCAGUGUAAAGAUCGAAGGAGGGAAUGGGAGUGUGGCAACACAACAAAAUUCUUUGGAACAACUGGAACCUGACUAUUUUAAGGACAUGACACCAACUAUUAGGAAAACUCAGAAAAUUGUUAUUAAGAAGAGAGAACCAUUGAAUUUUGGCAUCCCAGAUGGGAGCACAGGUUUUUCUAGUAGAUUAGCAGCUACGCAAGAUCUGCCUUUUAUUCAUCAGUCUUCUGAAUUAGGUGACUUAGAUACCUGGCAAGAAAAUACCAAUGCAUGGGAAGAAGAAGAAGAUGCAGCCUGGCAAGCAGAAGAAGUUCUAAGACAGCAGAAACUAGCAGACAGAGAAAAGAGAGCAGCCGAACAACAAAGGAAGAAAAUGGAAAAGGAAGCACAACGGCUAAUGAAGAAGGAACAAAAUAAAAUUGGUGUGAAACUUUCAUAACACAUGUUCUUCACAUUUUAUCAUGCCAGUAGGAGAAAUCUCAGCUCCACAACUCUAGCAACAUUUGUGUGGAUGUAAGAGUAUUUUAAGCAUACACACUGCUUGAUUUUAAUACAUUGAUCAAGCCAUCCAGGACACCAGGAUUCUCCCAAAGUACCUUGAACUCUUAGUGAUUGAGACUCAAAAAAACAAAAAAGACUUGAGACAAUGUUUUCUUCAACGUGCUCCAAAUAUAAGACAUUUGUUUGCUGUACAGAAAGUAUCACAAAUGGAAUAUAUCAGUACCUCUCAAGCUAGUGUUUCUAGCUAAAUAAAUGGGUGUAUAUAAUUUUAUGGUGGAAAAGGUCUGUUAUGAUUUCCUUCAAUGUGCAUAAUGAUAAAAUAAAUAAUUUUAAUAUUCUUUUGUUUCCAUGGUUACCUGACCUAAAUUAGAUAAAUUGUAGGGCUUUAGCUUUCUUAUUUUUGUCAAAAGUUGGUGUUGACAUACAUUCUCUCUAAUUUGAACUGGUAUUGUUUACGUUUGAUACAACAUUAAGGAAUUUGAUGAUUUUCAUUUCAUGAAAAUGACAUUAAAUGCAAUAAUUUUAUUUAUCAUAAACAUUUUGUACAUCAUUGUUUUCUUUUGGAUUGGUGUUGUAAUGUCAUACAUGUAAUUUAUACCGCAUGUAUAAACAUUGAAAAUCAACUAAAAUGACAUUUGUUUUACAUUAUAACUUGUGAAUUUUAAGAACUAGUAUUAGUAGUUUUUUCCUUUCACUAUAGAUUUUAAGAUGUUGUGGUAUCUUUGAGUGCCUUAGUUCUUCCUCCAUCCCAAAAGCCAUUAAUUUACAAAUGCAUAAAGCCAUCAGGUCAAAUAUUUCAAAGCUUGUAGAUGAUUUCUGUAUUAGCUUUAGAUGUCCGACAUUAUGUAGGUUACCUGUGUUAUUGGCUAGGAUAACAUUAUUGAUUCAUUAAAUCAUAAAGGUAGGAAUAAUAAUCUUUUAUUUAUGCUGUUGAUUGGCUCCAAAAUAGUCUUAAGGAAAUAGUUAAAUACUGUGUUUAUAGGAGAAAAGUAGACUUGAUAGUUUAAAAUCCCAUUAACCUUUUCAUCACAACUGAAAUGCAUCCAGCUCGAUUUUCCUAUCAUUUUAGAAUUUUUAAAGAUUUUUACUAAGUUACUGCCUAGAAUCAACACUCUGUGAGAUUUUAAAAUGUCAUAGAUACUCUACAGGCCAAACCUUGCUAAUUUAUUUUACUUAAAGUGAUAUUUUAUAGAAAAAUCAUAAGUUAUACAAUGAGAACCCUUUAAGCCCUUAGCCUAAGAUUCCAGACUAAAUGUGAUUAUAGAAUAAGAUGAAAUUUAACUUUGAUACAGAGUUUGUUAUAGCCCCAAAUUAUAUUUCCAGUUAUAUUCAUUAUAAUUUCUGCUAAUAAACUCCCAACUUAAAUAGAA